UGCGGCGAGCGUAGAGCAGUGACUAUUGGCUGAGGCUCAUUUACGGCGGCACUGCACGCUGGCAUACGUACCCCAUCCAGCGCAUAGCAACGACCGCCUGCUGCGUUGGACUAUAGUGUAGGACUCUGGCGAACAAGCGACCCCUUCUAUAAGCAUCGCUUUACAGGCAGAUAGCCACAUACCAAACGUCUUGGGACAUUGGCUUGCUACGGCAGCCGAUAAAGCCGCCAUAAUGGCCGAAGAUCCAUUCAAAGCGAAGACCAUGAAGCGCAAGAACGUCAAGGGACUGGCAUUAAGCGCACCACAGCCCAAAGCCGCUCCGCAGCCUUCAGAGUCUGAUGCGCAACUGCCUGGUUCCAUAGCAAACGUGAACUCACGCAAGGACGAUACCUUGGAGAUAGGGGUAGAAUUCCGGCCAGAGUGGAGGACGGAGGAUCUAGAAGUCAUCAAGGAGCUUGGGUCUGGGAAUGGCGGAACGGUCAGUAAAGUGCGACACAAGGCGUGGAAUAUCAUUAUGGCGAAGAAGAUUAUUCAUGUGGAGGCGAAGAAGGAGGUCAGGAAGCGGAUUGUGCGGGAGUUGCAGAUCAUGCAUGAUUGCAACAGUCCGUAUAUUGUGAGCUUCUAUGGAGCGUACAUGAACGAGUCGGGCGAUGUGACGAUGUGUAUGGACUCCCUGGACUCCAUCUCUAAGCGAUUUGGACCGGUGCGAGUUGACGUGCUCGGCAAGAUUGCGGAAGCGGUGUUGGGCGGCCUCAAGUAUCUCUACCUCGCUCAUAGGAUCAUGCAUCGCGACAUUAAGCCAUCCAACAUCUUGGUCAACUCUAAGGGUCAGAUCAAGCUUUGUGACUUCGGCGUGUCCUCGGAAUUGGAGAACAGCGUGGCGAACACCUUCGUCGGUACUGGAACUUAUAUGGCGCCUGAGCGGAUACAGGGCUCACCCUACACCGUCAAAUCAGACGUCUGGUCGGUAGGUCUGACGCUCAUGGAGCUCGCAGUUGGCAAAUUCCCGUUCCAGGUGGAGUCGGAGGACGACGAUGACGCUGCCGGUCCGCAAGGUAUUCUUGAUCUGUUGCAGCAAAUUGUGCUGGAGCCGUCGCCCAAGCUACCGCAGAGCGACGCCUUCCCGCAGAUACUAGAGGAUAUGAUCGAUAAGUGCUUGCUGAAGAAUCCGGACUUGCGGCCAACUCCACAGGAACUCUACGACAAAGAUGCGUUCUUGCAGGCAGCGAAGCGGACUCCAGUCGACCUCGAAGCAUGGGCGGUGAGCAUGAUGGAGAAGUCGAACCGGAGAUCGCAUCUAGCGCCGCCGUUGUCGCCCAGCACGCAAGCCCUGCUUCGCGGUGAAAGCGAGACUCCACGGACUGCUACAACCAUGACACCACGUACAGCCACUACAAUAAGCACACCCGGCUUCUCGUCCAGCACCCUUCCUACACCGACGUCUGGCGACAUCCCUAUCGGCACACCUAGGGAGAAUGGUUCGGCUUACGGUAAUCGGCCGGCAUACCCUGCGCGAACAAGCAGUGCGCAAACAGCGCCAGGCUACGGACAGCAGCAACCCAUGCAUCUGCCAAUACGGCAGGCGCCCGCCAGCAGACCUGGGACUGGAAGGUCAGAGGACCGGAGUGAAGCGGGCUACAGGAGAGCUGCCAAGCCUGGCUUCGUGCAAUGAGCUGCACACGAGCAGGCUGCGCGGCGUGGCUGCUCCCGAUCGCGGUCACACCGCAGAGCAAGGGCAUGCGAUCUGCUUAUGCGAGUAUGUCAUGCAUAUUGGAUUUCCGUCUCCAAGCCGUGAACGCAGU